GGAAGCCGUGGAUUCACGCAUGCGGAUUGCGGAUCGGUUGUUGGCGAACGGAAGUUUGUUUACAUCGGGGACAGAAUCGUUCAUAAUUUCAGACUCAUUGUGUCUGUGGAAGUAAAGGUGUAAUAAGGAGGAUCAUGGCAGCUGCAGAUGACAAAUGAUGGCGACGAUUUCUUUCAGUAUGAAGAGGAGGAGACAGGAGAGGCUCAGUCAGAAGCUGUCAUUUCCACCUGUUCGGGUGGCCGUAAAAGACUCUUUUCAAAGGAGCUGCGGUGCAUGAUGUAUGGCUUUGGGGACGACCAGAAUCCCUACACAGAGAGCGUUGAUCUACUUGAAGACUUGGUCAUUGAAUUCAUAACUCAAAUGACACAGCGUGCAAUGGAGGUUGGCAGGUCUGGCAGAGUCCAAGUAGAAGAUGUAAUGUAUUUAGUGCGGAAAGACAAGCGCAAGUAUGCAAGGGUUCACGACCUUCUCAACAUGAAUGAGGAACUGAAGAAAGCGAGAAAAGCCUUUGAUGAAGUCAAGUAUGCUGGUGUGUGAAAUAGGUCA